AUGACAUCUGAUGUGCUUUUUAAUGCAGGCCUUGAGGAUCUUCGGAGGCCAUUUGGACACUUUGGAAAUAGAGGCUGUAAGGAACAAUUUGAUGCCCUUAAAGAAAAAGUAGUGUUUGGGACAGACAUGGGAACCGAGAGGUUGGGUAUGGAAGCUAUCAAGGUGGUUUUGAGUUUCCUUGUAGUAGUAUGGGGUCUUCGCCUUGGAUUGUUUCUACUGAUGAGAAUCUUGAAUUGGGGUGAAGAUCGACGUUUCGACGAAAUGCGUAGUAAUUUUGGCAAAUUGGUUGUUUUCUGGAUUUUUCAGGCUAUAAGGGUUUGGACAGUAAGUCUACCUGUGACAAUUGUCAAUGCGAGUGACUCGGAUCCCCAUAUUGAAGCACGAGACAUAAUCGGGUGGAUUAUGUGGUCUAUUGGCAUCUCAAUUUUGCUUCUUUUUAUUAGCGGGAUACCAUUGCUCGAGGAGUCUGGAGAUAAAAAGUAUGGAAACGUGGCGGGAUACCGACACUAUAAAAAGACUACAAGUCCUCGGAUUCCACUGUCUCAGUGGAAGCUUGCCAUCUUGGGUCAAAGCUGCUUUCUAUUUGAGCUUCCAUUGUAUAAUCGAAAUCUUCCUAAAGAAGAAGCAUUGGGCUGCUUCAGCAACAUGUUUCAAUCACCUAACAUGGGCUCUAUUCUUCUUCUUUACACUUGUGACACUACAAACCAUAUAGCAUGCAGAUUCACUGACACAUACACAUACACAUACAACACAAACGUCAAUACACAUACAUUGUACAUGAACCAAAAGGUCAAAGCUAAACAAUGGCAGGCCUCUUUCUCUUCCACAAUGGACAACAUUGGUAUUCCAACAAGAGUCCGACUGCAGCAUGCAGAUGUCUGAAGUAGCGAGCGCGGCGCAGCAAUCGCAGCGUUCCUACUUUAUAGAAAGACGAAAUUGGAUUUUGUAGAAGAUGAAUUGUUGUACUUGAUUUGUAUAUUUUACAGUUGAAUUGUAAUUGUAAAAGAUGAACUGGGCUGGAUGUUUAAGAGUUGCACUGCAGUAAAAAAAAAAAUCGAAUAUGAAUUGUUUUCCAUUUGUAAAAGUUGAACUUUAGAUACAGAAAGUGUAAGCCAUCAAUAAAAAGUAUGUUUAGAAA